CGAACUUCGUGCUGAGAUCGUCUGCUUUCUUCUUCAACCUCGUCGUCCUCCCGUAGCUGCCCUUUCUGUCGGUACCUAAAUUGGCACAGAAAUGGCGUUUCAACUUGUGCGACUAAGCUCGAGCACCUUGCGGAGGCUCUCUAAAAAUGCCAACCAGGCCCCUCUUCGUUGGCGUUCAACAUCUGCCAAUCCGCUCAUCAGAGAUGUUAAUGUCCCACCUACAUGCGUCACAGCUCUGAAUUCUGGUCUGCGAGUCGCCACUGAAGACACAGGUGCCCCUACUGCGACAGUUGGUCUCUGGAUUGACGCUGGUUCAAGAUAUGAAUCGGAACAGACCAAUGGUGUCGCCCACUUUUUGGAGCACAUGGCUUUUAAGGGCACAAGCAAGAGGUCUCAAACAGACCUUGAGCUUGAAGUUGAAAAUAUGGGAGCACACUUGAACGCUUACACAUCCCGGGAGCAGACUGUAUUCUAUGCCAAGUGCUUGAAGCAAGAUGUUCCUAAAGCAGUGGAAAUUCUUUCUGACAUCAUCACAAACUCUACUUUAGGUGCCAAUGAAAUUGAACGCGAACGAAGUGUAAUUUUACGAGAAAUGCAGGAAGUGGAAACAAACCUCCAGGAAGUGACUUUUGAUUAUCUCCAUGCCACAGCGUAUCAGGGAACUCCUCUGGGCCGCACAAUCCUUGGGCCAACUGAGAAUAUCAAGAGCAUUUCUCGUGACGAUCUUCAGGACUACAUUAAAACUCACUACAAAGCCCCAAGGGUAGUCUUGGCAGGUGCAGGUGGCGUUGAUCACAAUGAGCUUGUUAAGUUGGCUGAAACACACUUCCAGAAACUGGACAAUCAGGAUGGACCUGUUCCAGAAAUCAAACCCUGCAGAUUUACUGGAUCAGAGGUUCGUUUGCGUGAUGAUGCCAUUCCUUUGGCACAUGUUGCGCUUGCUGUUGAGGGGUGUGGCUGGACCGAUGCUGACAAUAUCCCACUUAUGGUUGCCAACACACUCCUGGGAGCAUGGGAUCGCUCACAGGGUGGUGGCGCAAACAAUGCCUCCCAGCUUGCUGCUCUUACUGCUGAGGAUGAAGCAGCCCAUUCUUUCCAGUCUUUCAACACUUGCUACAAGGACACUGGACUGUGGGGAAUCUAUUUUGUUUCUGACCCAAUGAAAAUUGAGAAUAUGGUUUACAACAUUCAGAAUGUUUGGAAACUGAUGUGCACCUCUCUGACAGAGCGAGACGUUAUUAGAGCACGCAAUCUCUUUAAAACAAAUAUGCUGCUGCAGCUUGAUGGAACUACCCCAGUUUGUGAAGACAUUGGCCGUCAGAUGCUCUGCUACAAUAGGCGAAUUCCUAUCAAUGAACUGGAACAGCGUAUUGAUAGUGUUACUGCCAAAGAUAUUAUGAAUGUAUGCAUGAAGUACAUUUAUGACAAAUGCCCGGCUGUUGCUGCUGUUGGACCUGUUGAGCAGUUGCCCGACUACAGCAAUAUUCGCUCUGGACAGUACUGGAUCAGAUUGUAGGUGGAGAGAAUCAUUAGAUUAAAGGGUUUGUCCUUCUCAUCCUCUACCUACAUUUCCAUCUCAAGAAACUUUAGGAUUUUUAAA